AUGGUCUUCGAUAAACAAUCCCAAUAUAUAGAGCCAUUGAUUGAUAUACUUAAUUGUGAAGUUGAGACCGCUACAGGCGACCCCUUUGGGUCCGUCACAGGAGGCUUUCUGAAGCUUUCUGGGCUUCUCGCUACAAUCCAAAUUGAGUCCGAACCUGACGGUUCUUGGCAUGUUCUGUUUGGUGGUAUUUGGUCGCAUGAUAAAGAACUCCUUUGGAUCCGAUUCGACGGCACACCCUCAACAUAUAAACUUCACUGUCUUCCGUUAUACCUUGAUGUUCAUCAGCCGCCAGAAUGGAGUAUGUCGUGUCUUUUGCUUGAACCUACUGGGAAGAAGCAAGGCCAAUUCAAACGGGCUGGCACUCUGCACGCCAUCUCUGGAGCAAUGGGAAUGCAUGCCUGGACCAAUCUUGAAGACAACAAGAAUGAGAACUGGCUCGAAUAUGAGAGCAGGUGUGAUGGUGGUGGAUAUGUCAUCAUUAUUGUGUGA